AUGAAGAGCAAGGGUGAUGUCGUCCAAGACUUUAACAGUCUUGUCAACAUGACAGCCUCGGAGCUUGAAGACUGGCUCAAGUCAUCCGAUUCCGCCGACGCAGGCUGGUCGAAGGGCUCCGAGGAUGGAGAAUCCGUCGGCCAUGAGAGCGGCCGCAAGAUUGUCCAGAUCCUCCGGGACAAUCCACGGAAAGAGCCGAAAAAGUACACUGACGAGCAAAUCGAGCAUAUGCGAAAGGUGGUGUCGUACUGCAAACGCCACUUGGCCCAGGAAAGCGCGGUCAAUGAGAAGAAGCCGGUUGAAGAGGUCAAGAAGACCAAGUCUUAUGCGUCGCUGAAGAAUUGGGGCCAUGACAUUUUGAAGGAACGGAGCAGCAAGGCGGACAAUGUCGAUGGCACCGAGGACGAUGCCGGCGCUGGAGAGAAGCGAAGCCGCAAGGACGAGUCUCUCGGAGCAAAGAAGAAGAAGAAGACUGCGAAUGGGGGCUCUCGUAGAACGCAAGAUGGUGGAGGCGAGGAGGAAGGGAAUAGUGGUGGAUCGGAGGACGAGGGUGACGACGACGGAGAGGACGAGGGUGACGACGACGCAGAGGACGAGGAUGACGACGACGCAGAGGAUAAGGUUGAAGAAGUAGCAACAGAUGAAGCACAGGACAAUGCAGAGGACGAGUCAGAGGACGAGGUUGAAGACGACGCAGAAGACGACGCAGAAGACGACGCAGAAGACGGGCCAAGCAGCGCUUCUAAAAACACCAGGUCCAAGUCCAAGACCCGAAAUGCCAAGGGGUCAGCAAAGGCCCAAAAGGACGGCAACAAGCACAACGGGGAGAAGAAAGCGCCCAGCAGCGGCAAGACAGACGGGGAGCCAAAGCCUGGCGACACCGUCAGCUGGAAAUGGGGCCAAGGUCAUCCUCAAGGCAAGGUGCUGGACGUCAAGCAUGCAAAGGCGUCUACGACAACCAAGAACGGAAACGAGGUGACUCGUCAAGGGUCAGACGAGGAUCCGGCCGUUAUUCUUGAUGCUGGAAAGUCAAAGGCCAUCAAACUAGCCCACGAGCUGGACUAG